UUGUACAUUCAUCAGAUUGUACUGAUGCCAUUGAUCAUGUUAACACUGAUACUGUUAACACUGAUACUGAUUAUGUAAAUUGGAAUUGGCCUUCAACAGAUGAAGAGGUCUUGAGAUUUAGAGUUUACUCUGACCUAUGGCAGAAAGGAUAUUACAUAACAUCUGGUUUGAAAUAUGGAGGAGAGUAUCUAGUCUAUGAAGGUGAUCCAGCUAUUGUUCACUCACAUUUUAUUGCUAAACUGCUUCAGUGGGAUGAACCCAUUUCUCCUCUUUCUUUGGUUCAAGAUGGUCGAUUAGGAGGGAAAGUGAAGAAGAACACAAUAUAUUGUACAGUUAAUCCAACUACUGACAAUGUUGAAUAUUUAACUCUUUCAUGGUCAGGAAUUUCUUAAUGUUUUGACAGUUUCUUGUAUAUCACUACUGUUGGAGUCAUAUGAUCGAAAUAAUGUGCUACAGCAACCUGUGAAUGCCAGCUAGUCAUAAGACAUUGUGUAAUUCUUGCUGUGAGUCUCCAGUUGAAAGAAAUGGCUUUUUGUAGACUUGUUUUACUUGCUAUUGGUGUCUGCUGUCUAACUAAAACUAGUAAUGGAGAUGAUCUUGUUCUUGCUCUAGAAGAUGAAUUCAAGACAUUCAACCUGAGCCUAUGGAAGCAUGAACUGACGCUAUCAGGAGGUGGUAACUGGGAGUUUGAAGCAUACCUCAACAACCGUUCAAACAGCUAUGUAAGAGAUGGUGUAUUAUAUAUCAAACCGACACUGUUGGAGGAUCAGAUUGGGUUAGCUAAUGUCAAGGAUGGGUUCGACAUGAACAUUUGGGGAGGAUCUCCGGCUGACCUUUGCACUCAAAAUGAAUUCUAUGGAUGCGAGCGGACUUCAGGGGCAGGUGGGAAUUAUUUGAAUCCAAUCAAAUCUGCUAGGCUCCGGACAGCAGAGAGUUUUAAUUUCAAAUACGGGAAGGUUGAAGUAAAGGCCAAAGCUCCUAAAGGUGAUUGGUUGUGGCCAGCAAUAUGGAUGCUACCAAGACACCAGCAGUAUGGGAUGUGGCCAACAAGUGGAGAGAUAGAUAUCAUGGAAUCAAGAGGUAAUCCCCCCAGCUAUCCUCCUGGAGGAUACAAUAGUUUUGGCUCUACACUUCACUGGGGAAUAGACUAUUUUCAUGAGUUUUUUUCCAAAACACACGCAACCAAAACUGGCACUGACCUUACUGCUGACUUCCACGUGUACGGCCUAAUAUGGAAUGAGACAUACAUUGGUACUUAUUUUGAUGAUGAGUCCAAUGUUGUUUUAAGUGUACCAAUAAAUCAAUCCUUUUGGUCAAUGACUGGCCUAAAAUCUCCACCAUGGGACAAUCCUUGGGUCGGUGCUGGUAACAAUGCUCCCUUUGAUCAGGAGUUUUAUCUUGUCAUUAACUUAGCUUGUGGAGGGACAGUAGGGUAUUUCCCAGAUGGUAACGGUAAGCCAUGGAGUGAUACCAGUCCUCAUGCGGUUAAUGAGUUUUAUGAUGCUAAGGCACAGUGGUAUUCAACAUGGGAAGGAGAGAGCAGUGCAUUGCAAAUUGAGUCAGUAAAAGUGUGGGUCUAUCCUUCAAUAUCUACUGUUAAUGGUCACCCAAUAAAGACAGAGUUUGUGAGGGACCCUGCUACUACUGGUCCUCAUUACUCUAAUUGAAACCUGUAGAGACAGGCUAGUGGUAGUGUGUGGGUGUGUGUGUGUUAUUAAUUUAAAAAACAGAGUUGAUUUUGUUUUUAGUUGCU